CCCGAUUAUGGGCGGAAGUUUAAAAUUGUGAUUUCCGGUUUAAAAAUAAGAAAAAAACACGAUGGAAGACUUGAGCACUUUGAAGGUAGCUGAUUUGAAAGAAAAAUUAAAAGAGAAAGGUUUGACUGUAUCUGGAACUAAACCAGAGUUAUUAAAGAGAUUAAAAGAUGCCAUGGAAUUAGAAGAAACAGAAGAGCUAGAAGAAACUGAAGAAGUGGUAGAACAGGUAGUUCUCCAAGAAGAGGAGGAGGAAGAGGAGGUAGAUGAUGAUAUGACCUUGACCGAGGACAAAUUAGAGAUAACUGAAUCUAAAACAGUUCCUGAGAGCUCAAGUAAAGAUUCCAUAGAAAAUGGUAAACCAAAGAAGAUCUCUUUAUCAGGAUUUUCAGAUGCAGAGAGGUUAAAAAGCAGGGCAGAAAAAUUUGGUGCUGUUAGUGCUGAAGCCAAGAAACAACUUAGAGCAGAAAGAUUUGGUUUGUCAGAAAAAACUUCAAACAUAUCAUCGGCAAAAAUCGUUGGAGAUGUUUCAGUGGAUUCAGAUAAAUUAAAACAAAGAGCUGAAAGAUUUGGUGUAGUUUCUCCUGUUUUAUCUAAGGUAGCUGAUGUAGAGAAAUUAAAACAGAGAGCUGAACGAUUUGGUGGAUCUGUAGCACCAGCCUUAAGUAAAAGUGAAGAUCAAGAGAAGAUUUUAAAAAGAAAAGAAAGAUUUGGUGCUAUUAGUACUGCAGCCGUCAGUUCUGAAGUUGAGGCAAAGAAAUCGAAAAGAGCAGAACGAUUUGGACUAACAUAAAGGCCAAGAAACAUUACAACAUUGACACUGCCAUUUAAAUCAUUUCAUAAUACAAACAUCCCUCACAAAAUAUGUCAUAUUUGUACAUAGAUUAGUCAUGAAUUGAAACAUUAUUCCUCUGUUCUUUAAAGUAAUUUGUUUUCAAAAUAUCUGGGUAUUUUUUAUUGCCCUUUUCUGCUUUCUACAUAUGAUUUUACCAAAUGUAUGUUUUGUCUUGUUAAAGUGGAAUGUGUUUAUUAUGUGUUCUACUGCCAACUUAUAAUGACUAAUAAUUUAUUUGGAUAAAGACUGAAUAUUCUCAUCAUUUUGGGUUUACAUGAUAUGACGGAAUUACAACCAACCUAUUUAGAAAUACCGUUGAAAAUUACGCUAGUCAAAAUGGUUUUCUACUUUUAUUUUAUCUGUCUCCAGAUAUUGAACUGAUUGAUCUUAUGAGAAGUUCACCAAUGUUUAAUUUUAGUAAGACAAUAAGAUAGAGGUUUGUUUUAUUGAGGUGAAAAUGGUAUCUGUUCAUAUCUUAUUUCCUGCAGGUGAGGGCAUUGUUAUUGUGCAGAUACUCAUCUAGUAUUUAUAACCAUGAAGUUGAAAUUCACAUGUUAAUGGCAUCAUGUUAUAGUUAAACCACAAUAUUUAUUUUUUAUGCCCCUAAAAAAGUCAAUUGAUUAUUCUUUGAAUUUAAAAACUAUGUAUCAUUAUUAUCAAACAUAAAAUGUAGGUUAUGAUUGAUUUCCUUUUUCUAGAUAAUAAGAAGUUUGCAAUUUCUUGGAUUGAAAGUUUAUAAGCCAAAUUUCUAUCACUUGUAUUCAAUGAAGUUUCGACCUAGUACAAAGCAGGGUUAUUAUUCAUAUCACAUUAACAUGUUGUCAAUAAUCAUAUAUAUUUGCCACUGGACAUUAUGCAGGCAUCUAUCAUCAUCAUAAUCAAUGUAUUGUAGAUUGUGUCUGCAUUAAGGUCUCAUUAAUUGUUUACUUUUUGUUGGGUUGUGUUUGGCUGUCUUUUGGCAAAGAUAGUGCCUUGACCUUGGAAAAGUUAAGAACAAGAUAGGGAUUUGUUUAAUUGAAGGUUAAAUGGUAUCUGUUCAUAUUAACUUUUCCAGAAUCUUAAAGUAUACAGUCAUUGUUGAAUCAGAAAAUUAUUUCCACUAUAUUUAUGUCUUAUGAUUCAGUAAGCAACCAAAGGAAACUAAAUAAAAAAACCACGAUGAAACUUUAAAGGUAAAGAGAAUUAAAAUGUUUAGUGGAUUCUUUCUGAUUAGUGCAGUAGUAAGUGGAGAGGUUAUAGGCUUGAUCCAGUAACUGUCAAGUGACUUUUAUCUUAGGUGUUAAUAAUCCCUAUGGUAAGUUAAAAAUUCAUAAACUGAACUUUGCUCUCUAAAUGAGACAGUAGAAGGGAAAGUUGAUAUAAUCUUAAGGUUUUUUGUUCACAUGUUUUAAUUUAUCUUUGCAACUAUGAUAAAAUAAUUUUAGCAAGUUUUCACCUACAUAUUCCAUAUUUAUCACUUUUUAAGCAUUUCCUACAUGAUAUGGUAAGAUGAAUAUACAUGUACAGAAAUAAUUACGGGAACAAAUUUCAUCCUCAAGUUGAAAUAAAAUAUAAUCAGAACUUUUGUUUUGAUAAACAGAUCACAGUAAUAUGCUCAUUACAUUUUCAUAAGUCACUUGUCUGUUCAUUGAAAGUAUUUUUUGUUUUUCAGAUUUUAUUUAUGACUUCAAAUAUCUUGUAUUGAAUUUAAAAAUACAAAAUAUGCUAUAAAUAGCAAUUGUCUGGGCAAGAAAUAUUUUCCUUAAUACUAUAAUAUAAAAAAUCAAUAAAGACAAAUACCUGUACAAAAUAGCCUUAAUUAAAUUGAGAACAGGUUAUUAAAUAUUUAGAUAAGAUAUUAGUUGAGCCUUUACCCAAAAAAUCUGUUGGCUACUAGAUGUCUUAUUCAAAGAUACAAAUGGUGGUACAAUAUACAUUUAGGUAAGGCCAUUGACCAUAUCUAAGCUUCCCCAAAACAUUUAGUAGAAUUGUCACUUUAUUACAUCAAGCAACCUUUGUGUACUUAAGCUUGCAGAUUCUGUAUAUCAUCUUAUUGAUAAAAA